AUGUCUUCGACCCCAUCAUCGCGCCGCAGCAGAGGCCAUUCUGCACGCAAGUCGCAGUCCUCUACCCCUAUCCAGCCCUCGCAAGCAACCCCGAAGGGUUCGCAGAAGGGCAAUGGUUCUGCAGUACCCUCAUCAUCGCCCAUGUUUUUCCAAUCGUCAUCGCCGACGAGGCCAUCGCCCAAGCAGCAACAGCAGCGCUCCAUUGAUGAUCUGAUCAUCAGCUCACCACCUAGACAGUCUUCCAUUGCAGGCGACAGAGAGACGACCCCGAGAGCAAGCAGACAGCUCGGCCCAGGAGAAUCAUCGCCUGUCCGCUAUGAUCCCAGCUCCAGCCCCCGGGCCUCGCAGCAAAACCGUAAUGAUGUUCCCUCCAGCAGCAGUGGCUUGUUCUUCCGGCAAGAUGGACCAGAUAUCUCAUCUAGACGGGGCGAUAUUCACUCAGACGCGUUGGGAGAUUCUUCUUUUGCUCGUCGACGCAUAUUUAUUGGCGAGGACGGCCUUCCUGUCCGGGAAGACGAGCCUGCGUCCCAAGCCACCUUUUCUGACCUCAACCCGGGGACGUCUGAAGCCGACCUCCUAGGUGGCGAUUCAAGCCGUGUCAUCUGGGGAACUAACAUCUCUAUCACUGACUCUAUGGCUGGUUUUAAGAACUUUCUCCGCAACUACGCGAAGAAGUAUCGCAUGUGGGCUGAUGGCAUGAGUGAGCAAGAAACGAGCGCUUUAGGUUCCGCGGCCGAGGAGAAAGAGUAUAUCAAUAUGAUCAACAACAUGCGACGUCUCGGCAUCUCGACCUUCAAUCUAGACACCCGGAAUCUCAAAGCCUACCCUGCAACACUGAAGCUCUGGUAUCAGCUACAAUCUUAUCCUCAAGAGAUCAUUCCCAUCAUGGACCAGUCUGUCAAAGACAUUGCAAUUGAGCUAGCCAGUCAGGAGAUGCGUGAAGCUCAACGACCCGGUGUUCAUGCACGCGACGGCAGCUCGAUGCCACCGGCCCCGAGCUCCGAGAUGGAUGCGGCCGCUACUCCAGGUCAAACAAGCGCCAGCGGUGUUCCCGACCUUGUUGCCGAAGUUGAAGUCACAAAUUUCAAGACCUUGCCUUUUGGCAUGGACACGACCACUAAUAUGCGUGACCUUGAUCCGAACGAUAUCGACAAAUUGGUGUCAAUCAAAGGCCUUGUUAUCCGUACCACUCCAGUCAUUCCGGAUAUGAAGGAAGCAUUCUUCAAAUGUGCUGUCUGCAAUAAAACGGCAUGGGUCGGCAUUGAUCGUGGCAAGAUUAAGGAGCCCAGUAUCUGCCCAGCGCGGAUGUGCCAGAGCAAGAAUUCAAUGGAGAUCGUUCACAACCGCAGCGUCUUCGCCGACAAACAAGUCAUCAAAUUGCAAGAAACUCCAGACUCAGUACCCGAUGGCCAGACUCCUCACAGCGUCAGUCUCUGUGUUUACGAUGAGAUGGUCGAUGUGUGCAAAGCUGGUGAUCGCAUUGAGGUCACCGGUGUCUUCCGGAGCAACCCUGUCCGAGUCAACCCUCGGAUGCGGACCAUCAAGAACCUUUUCAAGACCUACAUUGACGUGUUGCACGUCAAAAAGGUCGACAAGCGAAGACUUGGCACCGAUGCCAGCACAGUCGAGCAGGAGCUUGCAGAACAUCUUGCCGGUCAGACCGAGCAGGUCCGCAAGGUGAGCAAGGAGGAAGAAGAUAAGAUCAAAGCCACCGCUCAGCGAGAUGACAUCUACGAGCUCCUGUCGAGGAGUCUGGCUCCCAGCAUAUACGAAAUGGACGAUGUCAAAAAGGGAAUCCUUCUGCAGCUGUUCGGAGGCACAAACAAAAGCUUCGAAAAAGGUGGCAGCCCGAAGUAUAGAGGUGAUAUCAAUGUCCUCCUUUGCGGUGAUCCAAGUACCAGCAAGUCGCAGCUCUUGCAGUAUGUUCACAAGAUUGCGCCUCGCGGUGUCUACACCUCUGGCAAAGGUUCAUCCGCUGUCGGCUUGACAGCUUAUGUCACCCGUGACCCAGAGAGCAAGCAGCUUGUCCUUGAGUCAGGUGCACUCGUACUCUCCGAUGGCGGUGUCUGCUGCAUUGACGAAUUUGACAAGAUGAACGAUUCAACGCGCUCCGUACUCCACGAAGUGAUGGAGCAGCAGACCGUGUCCAUCGCUAAAGCCGGUAUUAUCACCACCCUCAAUGCCCGCACCAGCAUUCUCGCGUCCGCCAAUCCAAUUGGUAGCAAGUACAACCCGAAUCUGCCUGUUCCGCAGAACAUCGACCUGCCUCCGACUCUACUGUCGCGUUUCGACUUAGUAUACCUCGUCCUCGACCGCAUUGACGAGCAGACUGACCGCCAACUUGCGCGUCAUUUGGUUGGCAUGUAUCUGGAAGACGCGCCCGAAAACGCUUCCAAAAAUGAAAUUCUGCCUAUUGAAUUCCUUACCGCGUACAUCUCAUACGCCCGCAACAACAUCCACCCGGCUCUCACGCCCGCCGCCGGCAACGCUCUCACGACUGCAUAUGUCGAAAUGCGGAACCUAGGCAAUGCCGUGGCCGCCACCGACCGCCGCAUCACCGCCACGACCCGUCAACUCGAGUCCAUGAUCCGCCUUGCGGAAGCACACGCGAAGAUGCGGCUUUCCGAGACGGUCGAGGAGAGCGACGUGAUCGAGGCCGUGCGACUGAUCAAGUCCGCCAUCAAGGCUAGCGCGACGGACGCGAGGACGGGCCUGAUCGAUAUGGGCCUGUUGAGCGAGGGUGGCAGCGCGAGCGAGCGGAAGCGCAAGGAGGAUCUCAAGCGCGAGGUGUUGAGGACGUUGGACGGUGAUGAGAGGGUGAGGGGUGGUGGGGAGGUGAGGUGGAGCGAGCUCUACAGAAAGCUGGUGGAUGGGAAUAGCGGUGGCGAAGUCGAGGGGAGCGAGUUCCAGGAUGCCGUGAGGGGUUUGGAGGCUGAAGGCAAGGUCGUCGUGACGGGUGAUGGUGGGAGUAGGAGGAUCCGGAGGGUCACGGGUCAGGUCUAG